CCGCCAAAAGUAACACAGUUUACGACUAUCCAACAGUUUUUCUUCGUGAAAUUUUUUUUCAAUUCCUUCCAUUUGUUUGUGCCAGUUGUUCCACGUGGACAACGUUCCGCAACACGGGGCUUCUUGAGGAGAGGUGCGAAUCCAUUUCUUCGACAUCGGUUGAGUACCCACCGCAGAAAUGGUGAGGGAUCCCCUGCCACCGUUGAAAAACCGACUAUAAAAGCCAGCGUCCAUAAGCCGAGUACAUCGCAGUCUUCGCAGCGGAUCCAACAAACCAAACCAAUUCUCAAAAUGAUGACCAAGUGCCUCAUCCUCGUCGCCGCCCUCGUGGCCGUUUGCUCCGGCGGUGCCGUUCCUCUGGCGGUACCAGCACCAGUUCCGGCUGCUCUGACCGUCGGAACUUUCGCGAGCAGCUACAACGCUCACGCCAUCAACCACGCCAUUGCCGCACCUUAUGUAGCCCCAGCCGUAGCCGCCGCACCUUACGUAGCCCCAGCCGUAGCCGCCGCACCCUUUGCUGCAGCACCCUUUGCCGCAGCACCCUUAGCCUAUUCCGCGUACCCAGCCAUCAACGCCUACUCGGCUCCCCUGUUCGCCGGACGUCGUUAAGCUUCUCCGAACUUCGAACUCUCCCAGAUAAGAAGAAAAGCAAGAGUUGCGAAGAGUUAACAUUCACUGUGCGGAGAUGCUGAUCGAUAAUCUAAAACACGGCAGCUCAACCACCGAACUUAUUCAUUCGAUUAUAAAUUUGAUUGUAAAUUCCGAAGAACAGACAAGGGUGGAGUGAAUCUACGAAUUUCCGGAACACCUUACUUACACCCGAGCACUUCGUGUGAUCCACUUCUAAACUUCGUCGGUGUUGAUAAAAUACCGACCGGAUUUCAACGAGUUGGACUUUCUUAUGCUGGAAAAAGUGUACAACUUUAUCCUUGUACACGCUAUAUACAGUGUCGGUAAACCGGUGGCAUACCUGUAAUUAUUUAUUCUGGUACCACAGACGGCAGGUAAAACAGCCGGAGCAGAGAUGUCCUCAUCGAGCACUUGGUCUCUUAUCCAUCAGCGGAAAUCCUGUGAUCAUUACAUUAUACAUACACAUAUAGUUUACAUUUUCGCAACUCAAUUAUUGGGAGGUAUUAUUUUCAAUAAAUAACAUCUGUGAGAGCAAA